AAUCACAGGCCGUAAUUUUCCCUUAUUUUUCAUUUUCCUUCAAAAGCAAGAUGUCGUCGGUCAACUGAUUUCCCUAACCUCAAAGUGCAUAUGUGAUAAUUAAAAUGAGAUUAGCAACCAUCCAUUAUCUCAAUUGUUGUUAAUAAUCACACCAAGUUUAUUCGCAUAUCAGCAAACGUGAACAUUUUCAUUUUUAUCACAUCAAGGUUAGGUGAAACUUGUGUGUCACCCGAACCAGCCCUUCGCACAUAUUGCAACGUACCCACAUCUGACUAUGCAUUAACGACGUCCUGACUCCGCAAAUCCAGGUAACUUCCCUGAAGAUGGCGAACUCGCUGUGCAAAACGUCGGUCCUCCGGAUUUACCAGGAGGUGAUAGACGACGUGAUCAGCGGCGUCCGGGAAAUCUUCCUCGAGGAUGGCGUCGACGAGCAGGUCUUGCAGGAGUUGAAGCAGACGUGGGAGGCCAAAUUGAAAGCGAGUAAAGCAGUCCAGAAUGAACAAGAAGAAAAGGUGAAGAAGCAGGAGUUGAACUCCACAAAUGGAUUCCCGAAGCAGCACAUACAGCAGCCCGUGCAGCAAGUGCAGCAACCCGUGGCACAGCUCGUCGAGACGAAAAUGGUGCCCAUACAAAUCACACUACCAGCACAGCCUGGAACAGAUCAAGCCCCGAGGAUUUUAACCAUUCAGGUACCAGCAACGGCGUUACAAGGUAACCAGCUACAGAAAGUCCUGACGGGACAGAUCAUCACAGCCACCAUGAAUCUGCCGGCGAAUAUCGCGUCUUCGGUUCUCCAGCAGCACGUCAACGCCGUUUUUAAUAGUCAGCAGCAGCAAACCGUCACUAUUGUUAACAGGAACAUUGUACAGACCGAUGGGGCCCAUGCUGUGGACGACGACGAACAAAUAGAAGUCGAGUUUAUUUUACCGAAGAACAAAAAAACGAAAAUCCCUCAAGUGGACGGGCCUGUGGAUACUUCCGACGACGAUGAAGACGGCUCAGACGACGAUAACGACGACGACGAUAUCGACGAUGAUAAAGAAGAGGACGAUCAGGAGAUGGAAGAGGAAGGGGGCGAGGAGGAGCCCUUGAAUUCUGAAGAUGACGUUACGGAUGAUGAUCCUACUGACUUGUUCGAUACUGACAAUAUUGUCGUGUGUCAGUAUGAUAAGAUCAUCAGGAAUAGGAACAAGUGGAAGUUUUAUUUGAAAGAUGGCAUUAUGAAUUUGAGUGGGCAGGAUUAUGUCUUCCAAAAGGCCAACGGUGACGCUGAAUGGUAAAUUAAAUGGGGUGGAACGUUUUGUACUCUUGAUUUUCCGUUUUGUGUUGGCUAAGUUUGUCUGGAUAUUUUCACUAAAUAAUAUAGCACUCGUAUUCCCCAUAACUUAUCCAUAAUUCAGAGAGGAUGUACCCACCUAUUCCCUAAGUUAUUAAAAUUAUGGUUUUGUAUGUAUGAAUAUGGAAUAUGUUCGCUAAUGAUUAGCCUGAUUUGUAGAUUGUGUUAUCCAUUAUAAAUGUAACUAAUAAUAGGCGUUUAGAUUUAAUCGAAAUUUUUACUAUGUAUUAUGAUUAUCGAUAGCCGUUUGUGAAUAAAACUAUUUUUGAAGUUAA